AUGUACCCCACAGGAUGCGGUCUUCCAAACUCUAGGUGGUUGCGUGGUUAUAAUCAUUUUGAAAGUUUUGGUGGUGGUGUGGCUUCAGCGAGUGUAGUUCUUAUCGAACCUGAUUUUCACCAAACAUAUUCAAAACUUCUUUUGAAUUUGUUUGUUGCUGAAGGUGUUCUGUCAGGGCAUGGUAUAUUCUAUGGCGCUACCGAAACAUUUGAUAAUUUGCUUUGUAAAUUACCAGGUGUUAUGACUUCAGUGGAUGAAACUAAAGAAGAGAAUUUAGACCUUAAGAUAGCUUGGCGUUACAAAAACCUUUCAAAUAUUGAGAAUUCUAGCCCAUCUACUUCAAGUUUGGGACAUCACUUCAAUUUGUCAAUACCGAUGGAUGCUGUUACUCGAAUGACAGAGAUAAAUGUACCAAGUUUUCAUUUCCAACCGGAUAGUAAGAAGUCUUUACAAAUUAAUUUGAGUAAUUUGUGCCAGGAGUUAAUUAAGUUCCAGUGCAGUGCUAAAGCUCCCUCCAGCAUACGACGAAUCGUACUAAACUCAUGCGGCUCUCCUCUGUGGGGUCAUUGCAAAGAUACUCAACAAUUCUACAAGGCGAUGCUGAAUUUCUUUGCUACAUUACGACUCAUUAUUCAAAACAGUUCGUGUACAGUUUUUGUUACCUUACCCACGCUUAAGCUACCACCAGGUCUGUUCACUCGUAUAUCUCACUACUGUGAUUAUGUAUUUCAAGUACAAGGUCUUAGCGACCAGAUACAAACAAAUCCAGUUUACUCAGAAUAUGAUGGUCUGUUGACAGUUAUUCGUAACCCUUGGUUGAUUGGUGGGAACACUCUUGAACCUGCUAUCAGGCCGAGUACACUUGAAUGGUGUUUCAAGAUAAAACAUCACCAAUUAAUAAUGCAGCAUCUUCACUUACCACCGUGCCUAUCAGAAACUGUGAACAGAUCCAAUGCACCGGAAUCAAUUUUCACCUGUUCCAAAUCUCGUGAAAAGCAACUGGAAUUUUGA